UAAACUUAUAUUUAUGACAUUCACUUUGGAGGUCACAUGAAACAUAAGAGGCUAUAUAAAUAACAUGUAAUUUAAAUAUACAUGCAGCGACACUAAGGUUCACAAAGCAGUAAAAGUGAGAAGUAAAACUCUAUGAAGAAUAUUGAUAAUCAACAGUGUAUUAACACCAAAACUGAGGAAUCCAGAGGAAGUAAUAAUGGCAGUGAGGCUAUUAUUACUAAUACUGCUUAUUGUACCCUCAGUUCGGGCCAUGAAGGUACUUCUAAUUCCGUCCCCACAUAUAGCCAGUCACCUGCUCUAUUUCACUCCUCUGGGGGAGGAGCUACUGGAACAAGGACAUCAGGUUGGGAUAGUAGUAACCCCACCAUUACGUAACAGAGUACCAAAAGGGAGCAAAGGAACCAGUAUGACAACACAUAUAAUCCCUACCAAAAGGACAGACGAGGAUUUAACAGGACUUCUUACAGAGUUGGGACAGAUACAGGCAAAAGGAAAAAGCGUUUUGGAAAUGUUCCCAAUCAUGAAAGCUUUAAUUGAUAUAGUCAAUGAAGCUGUAGCUGAUUUACUAGAUGAUGGGAGUGUGUUUCAACCACUCAAAAAGAUGAAGUAUGACGUAGCUGUAGUGGAUGGAUCUCCAUUCUUAGAUAGUCUUUAUAUUGUGCCGUAUAUCCUAGAUAUCCCAUUCUGUUCUCUCGCAUCUAAUAAUCUAAACAAUUUGAUGGGUACCCCAGCUCUGCCAUCAUUUGUGCCAAGUACAGCUUCAUUAUACACAGAUAGAAUGACAUUCUUAAAACGUUUAUCAAACUUUUUUCUAAUUAUCAUCCUAGAGCAAAUAACUACAAAAUACAAUUUUAAUGAAGCUGAGGGAAAUGCACUUAUAAAGAAAUAUGCUCCAAAUCGACCCGCAAUAUACCAUGAUCUAAAGCGCAAAACCCUUCUCUGGUUGAUCAACCAAGAUAACUUGCUUGAAUUCCAUGUCCCAUUGAUGGAGAAUGCCAUCCAAGUUGGAGGCUUGUCCAUUAUGCCAAACAAACCUUUACCAACAGAACUUGAAGACUUUCUAACAAAAGCUAACAAUGAUGUCAUAUUAGUUUCAUUUGGAUCAAAAUCAACAGAAGUUUUGGACCCAGAAAUAAUAGCUAAACUCAUAUUUGUUUUCAAAGCAGUAAAUCAAAGUGUGAUAUGGAAAUAUAACGGCAAUUUUAUUGAUUUACCAUCUCGAAUCAAACUAUUGAAAUGGAUUCCUCAAAAUGAUCUGCUGGCCCAUCCUAAGGUGAAACUAUUUAUUACUCAUUGUGGUAGUAAUGGCCAGUACGAGGCACUGAACAAUGGAGUCCCCAUGCUUGGAUUACCUCUGUUUGGCGACCAACCACACAAUGCCAUCAGGAUGCAGAGUAAAGGAUAUGGGAUUGCGAUGAAUGUACACGAUUUAACUGCUGACCAGCUUUUACAUAACAUCAAGGAAAUUCUAGCUAACAGUUCAUACAGAGAUAACAUCCAAAAGGCUUCGAAGAUAUUCAGAUCAAGGAGGAGCCCAAGAAAGAGAGCUUUCGAGGCAUUAGACCAUGUAGUAAUGUUUGGAGGAGAACAUUUGAGACCAAGUUCAGUUGAGAUGCCUUUCUGGCAACUCUGGAUGAUAGACAUCUAUGCUUUCCUGACCUUAGUUAUAUCAGUUAUCUUCUUCAUUUUGAAGAUUGUCAUAUUGUUUGUAUGUAGAUUUGUGACAAAAAGGUUCAGGAGUAAACAAAAAGUAGACUGAUGGAAUUCAAUAUUCUAUAAAGUUCAAUGUGGCUCCACAUAUUGUACACGUGCAUAUAUAAUCUAAUACAUCACGUUUUAUAAGCAUAAAGC